UGUCAAGGCAAAAAGUUGGAUAGGAUAAAAAUUUUGAUUGUUAAUUUAUCAAUUGGAGAUCUUUUGUUGUUAAUAUUUUCAGUUCCAUACAUGGCCAUUGUGUUUGGAACAAAAGAAUACCCGUUCAAUGCGUUUUUCUGUAAAUUUAAUGCUUACCUACAAACAUUGAGCCUAGGAGUUUCCAUUUUUACACUAACUGCACUCAGCUAUGAUCGUUACGUAGCAAUAGUACAUCCGAUGAGCAAACACAAAGGAAAACCGAGUCUCAAAAUCGCCAUUGUUGUGAUUGUCAUUUGGGUUGCUUCUGCACUUAUUGCUAUAUCCGAUGCCGUAAGUUACACAUUGGUCAUUCAACCGGGUCGUCCCAUAUUCUGUCACGAGGUUCCAUAUAAUGAUUAUGGUAUUUCUUUCCUCAGAGUAAGAAAUGUAAUUCGUCUUUUAAUAUUAUUCAUUAUUCCAUUAUUUAUAAUCGGUUGCUUUUACAUUUUAAUGGCAAGAAUUUUAGUGAAAAGCAGCCGACAGUUGCCAUGUGAAGCUACGUUAGGACAAGGGAUGAACACUCAACAACAACGCCAAAUCGAGGCUCGAUUUAAGGUAGCUAAAGUUGUGUUAUCCUUUGUAGUUUUGUUUGUAAUCUGUUGGUUACCACGCCACAUUUAUGUUUUGUGGUACGCGUACGACGAAGAAGGAUUUACUGAGUUUUGGCUAAUCUUCAAAGUUGUCAGUAUUUGUUUUAUGUAUGCGUACUCAUGUGUGAACCCGUAUGCUUUAUACUUCCUCAGCAGUCAGUUCCGAAAGUACUAUAAUCGUUAUUUAUUCCGUUGCUGUAUUCGAUCCCGAUAUAGAACACGUGACUCUACUUCUGCCCUGACAAACUUUAACAGCACCGUCCGCCGCGGAAGCACAUCAAUGACUAUGGUAAAAUCUAAUUCGGAAUUCUGACUAGAAAUGUGUUUGCUGUACCACGAUUACGGCAAAUCACCACGUGAAUCUAACAAACGCCUAAAAACUAGGAAGGCUUGAGAUGAUUUAUGAACCAUACGGUAGAAUUUGUUUCAUUUAAGCGAGACAACUCUCAUUUAUCAAAGGGAGUUAACUCUACGCCCAAACACAGGAUAGUAGGGAUUAGCGAUACAGAUAAGUGAAAGAAAAAAUAUUCACCAAAUCAAUGUGACAAUCAAAGUAAAACUCAAAAGUAACACUCUGUGAAUAUAUACAUUUUUGUAUUAUAGAAAGAUUAAGUUAUAUUUAAUCCAAGACUUGAUAGUGUAAUAUUUAGUAAUUGACAGCAAAACUCUUCAGAAGUGAAAGUACUGCAAAUACAACAUGAAUUGAGAAUUGAGAGAAAAUUAUUUCAUCGCAUAUUAACUUGAGAAAGAAAUGAUUUAGUUAGGUGGAAUGAUAAAACAUGCAAAUAACUAGUUUAACAUGAAACAGACAGCUAAUUGAAAAAUUCUUAACGCAAUACAGGCUUGUUAUACACGAAGCGAAACCUAGUAAAUUAUCCGAUUGACUAUUACACGUUGGUUGCAACGUAUAUUUAUAUCGUAUCCGGACACUUGAAACGCGUAUUCAUGUCAGUGGAAUUCAUCACAGGUAAUUGAUGGAUGGGUUGCAGUAGCACAGAACUAUAGAAAAUAACUGUAUAACAUUCCUUCGAUCAUCUGUCGUUCAAAUCAAUGGUAUAAUUAGACCGAGUGUAAAACAUUCUUGACAUCUACUCAAGCUAAUUAUAAAGUUAUGGAUAUGUUCCAGUAAGUAGUAAUAUGUUAGUACCGGUGUAUUAUAUGUAUAUUUAUGUAACUGAGUACUGGGAAAUAAAUGUUUUAACAGUUGUAGGUACACUUGUUCUUAUGUAAUUAAAUCUGAAAACAAUUA